AUGGCCACCUCAGGUGGCGACAUGUCAUGGUAUUUCAGUCAAGUAAAAGGAGCACUGUACGAUGAGGCUCAGGAAGCCGACAUCAUAUCCGCUGUGGAAUUCAAUCACGACGGAGAGCUCCUCGCGACUGGAGAUAAGGGUGGAAGAGUUGUCAUCUUUCAAAGAAAUGAUCUAACUAAUCAAACGACGGGCAAGCGCUCGAGCGAAUAUAACGUCUACAGUACAUUCCAAUCGCACGAAGCCGAAUUCGAUUACCUCAAGUCUUUAGAAAUUGAAGAAAAAAUUAAUAAAAUUCGAUGGCUUCCUCGUCGAAAUGCUGCCCACUUUUUACUGUCGACAAAUGACAAGACGAUAAAGUUGUGGAAGGUUUCCGAGCGUGAAAAAUCAGUGAAUGGCUACAACCUAAAAGAAGAAGAUGGAUCAAUGCUGAGGACCAACAGUUAUUUAACCAGGUUAACCGUCCCAAAGUAUCAACAAAGUGAGCUGAUCGUAGAGGCAGCUCCAAAGAAGAUUUAUGCCAAUGCCCAUGCUUAUCAUGUCAAUUCUAUUAGUGUAAAUUCCGAUAACGAUACGUAUCUAUCCGCCGACGAUUUGCGCGUGAACCUCUGGAACCUCGAAAUAACCGAUCGAUCCUUUAAUAUUAUUGAUAUCAAACCUGCUAAUAUGGAAGAUCUGGCCGAGGUGAUCACUGCCUCUGAAUUCCACCCUACCGACUGUAGUACCCUUGUUUACAGUUCUUCGAAAGGAACUAUCCGCCUCUGUGACAUGCGAGAUCGGGCACUCUGUGACAAGCAUGCUAAACAAUUCGACGAGCCAGAAGAGCCUAAUCAACGAAGUUUCUUCUCUGAAAUCAUUGGAACGAUAUCCGAUGUGAAAUUUUCGCACGACGGAAGAUAUCUUCUCUCACGUGACUAUUUGACCGUCAAAGUUUGGGAUCUUGCCAUGGAGAACAAGCCUGUCAUGUCUUUUCCGGUUCAUCAAUAUCUGACGUCCAAGCUGUGCAAUUUGUACGAAAACGAUUGCAUCUUCGACAAGUUUGAAUGCUGUUGGAGCGGAAAUGACCAGCAAAUUAUGACCGGCUCAUACAAUAACUUUUUCCGCAUCUUUGACUGCAACUCAAAGAAGGACAUCACGCUGGAAGCUUCCAAGGACAACAUCAAACCCCGAGGACUCCUCAAGCCCAAAAAAGUUUUCCAGGGAACGAAAAAGAAGAAAGACGAAGUCUUGGUCGACUCCCUGAAUUACAACAAAAAAGUCCUUCAUUCAGCGUGGCACCCGCAGGAAAAUAUUAUUGAUAUUGAGCUAAACGGAAUCGAAAAUGAAGAGGCAUCAAAAGUCAUUGAAAAAGUGCGGCCGGAUUGGGAUCUCAGUCAGCUAAAGAGCAAGUGUUACUCCCACAGCAUGACGAACACGGUCUCUCACUUCUUCAUCAAGUCCCGGGAAGACGAAGACUCCGUCGUUGUCCGAGUCAACGGAGUAGCCGGCUUUUUAGAUCGCGAAAAAGAACUCGUCGCUUUUGAGCGUUUAUCCGCAGCUGGCAUUGCUGAUCAACUGAUUGCGACUUUUAAAAACGGUUUGGUUAUGAGGCCCAUCAAAGGAUCUACUCUGCAUAGGGAUACCAUCAAAACCAACGAAGUGGCAAGCCAUGUCGCCAGAGCAAUGGCACAAAUGCACAAGAAAACAAAGCUUUUGGCCACUGAAACUGAGCCAGAACUGAUAAGGCAAAUGCGGCAGUUCAUUUCGCUCAUUCCUGAACAAUACUCAGACGUGCAGAAAGAAGCCGCUCGCAGAAAAAUCCAACUUCCAGGCCCGCCAGAGCUCGAAAAUUACAUCCAAAGAACGAAAGAAGCCCUUGAAAAACAAACCACGCCACUUGUUGUUUGCCACAACGAUCUUUUGCUCAACAACUUUUUGUACGAUAAAGAAACUUCUUCGAUGAAAAUCAUCGACUACGAAUACCUGGCGCCGAAUCCAGCGGCAUUUGAUAUCGCCAAUCAUUUCAAUGAAUUCGUUGGAACUGAUGAUUUCGGCCCAGAAGAUUACCUCAAAUACCUCCCAGACGAGAGCUUCAUGAAAUGGUGGCUCCAGGAAUACCUUCUCGAGUUCUUGAAUCGUGAAGCAACUAAAGAAGAGCUCUGCUCUUGGCUUCAUUCCGUCAAACAAAUGAUGCCGCUUUCCCACUACUUUUGGGGAACUUGGAGCAUGGUUCAAAUCGAAGCCAGCGUUCUGGAUUUCGACUACGUGCAAUACGCAAAACUCCGACUUGAUGAAGCAGAACGUCUUCUACGACUCGACAACUAA